GGGUUAAAAAACAAAAAGAAAUGAAAUGAAACAAGUAAACAUAACUUUACUUCAACAUUAUUCAACGGUGCCAUCUAUUUAAACUUCAUUGCGGCGAAGAAAACUUUAACUUUCAAAAUGGUUCCGUAUGGUGGUAUAAUAAUCGUUUUCCCGAUGACGAAUUUUGCAUAUCAAAUGUUUACAGUGUUGACGCACCCGGGUUGGUCGUUUGGGAAUGGAUCUGUCACCAACUCUUCCGUCCCUCCGAAAAAUUAUACGAUACGAUCUGCAUAAGUUCAUGUACAUUAUUUUUGUCGCGCGUGGGUGAAUAGGGUUUCGUGACUUAUACGUUACACUUACUAUUUUCAAACGUCUUUUUUGUUUUCCAUCGUCCAUAAUCCUCGUGGAUUUUAUAAGAAAACCAAGUGGAGGAAGAAGACUGAAGUACACGCGAAAGAAUGAACGACAUGGAAGCCUAUGGUGAUGGAUACAUGGAGCCCGAGGAAGAGUGGGAACGAGAAGGAUUACUUGAUCCAGCUUGGGAAAAACAACAAAAAAAAACAUUCACAGCAUGGUGCAAUUCGCAUCUUCGAAAAGCUGGUACAUCGAUAGAUUCAAUCGAAGACGAUUUCAGAAAUGGCUUAAAACUUAUGUUGUUAUUAGAAGUAAUUUCGGGUGAGACAUUACCAAGACCCGAUCGUGGAAAAAUGCGUUUCCAUAAAAUUGCCAAUGUCAACAAAGCUUUAGAUUAUAUUGCUAGUAAAGGUGUAAAAUUAGUAUCCAUUGGAGCAGAAGAAAUCGUUGAUGGCAAUUUAAAGAUGACUUUGGGUAUGAUUUGGACGAUAAUUCUUCGUUUUGCAAUUCAGGAUAUUUCUGUAGAAGAAAUGACUGCAAAGGAAGGUUUAUUAUUAUGGUGUCAACGAAAAACAGCUCCUUACAAGAAUGUCAAUGUUCAAAACUUCCAUUUAUCAUUCAAAGAUGGUCUUGCUUUUUGUGCUCUUAUUCAUCGUCAUCGCCCAGAUCUUAUCGAUUAUAAUCGAUUAAGUAAAGAUAAUCCAUUGGAGAAUCUUAAUACAGCAUUUGAUGUUGCUGAAAAGUAUCUUGAUAUCCCACGCAUGUUAGAUCCAGAUGACAUGCGAAGUACGGCAAUGCCGGACGAAAGAGCUGUGAUGACCUACGUUUCCUCAUACUACCAUUGUUUCAGUGGAGCACAAAAGGCCGAAACUGCAGCAAAUAGAAUUUGCAAAGUGUUGAAAGUUAAUCAAGAAAAUGAACGUUUGAUGGAAGAAUACGAAAGAUUAGCUUCUGAUCUUUUAGAAUGGAUUCGAAGAACUAUGCCUUGGUUGGCUAGUCGACAAACUGACAAUUCUCUAGCAGGUUGUCAAAAAAAACUCGAAGAAUAUAGAACUUAUCGUCGUAAACACAAGCCUCCACGUGUUGAACAAAAAGCUAAACUUGAAACAAAUUUCAAUACACUUCAAACAAAACUUCGGCUAAGCAAUCGACCAGCAUACAUGCCUACCGAAGGCAAAAUGGUUUCGGAUAUUAAUAAAGCUUGGAAAGGUCUUGAGUUAGCCGAAAAAGCUUUUGAAGAAUGGCUUCUGUCUGAAAUGAUGCGUUUAGAACGUUUGGAGCAUUUAGCACAAAAGUUUAAACAUAAAGCUGAUGCACAUGAAGAUUGGACAACAGGUAAAGAAGAGAUGUUGACAUCUCAGCACUUCCGUCAGUGCAAGCUUAACGAACUUAAAGCGUUAAAGAAGAAGCAUGAAGCUUUUGAAUCUGAUCUAGCUGCCCAUCAAGAUCGUGUUGAACAAAUUGCGGCUAUUGCUCAGGAACUCAAUACAUUAGAGUACCAUGACAGCGCUUCCGUAAACAGUAGGUGCCAACGUAUCUGUGAUCAAUGGGAUCGUUUAGGAACUUUAACGCAACGUAGACGACAAGCUCUUGAUGAAGCUGAACGAAUUCUUGAAAAAAUUGACGUACUCCAUUUAGAAUUCGCAAAACGUGCUGCGCCAUUUAAUAAUUGGUUGGAUGGAACAAGAGAAGAUUUAGUUGAUAUGUUUAUUGUUCAUACAAUGGAAGAAAUUCAAGGUUUAAUGGACGCUCAUGCGGCAUUCAAGGCUACUCUUGGUGAAGCCGAUAAAGAGUACAACUCGAUUGUGGGUCUAGUUCGUGAAGUUGAAUCUAUUGUCAAACAAUUCCAGAUUCCUGGUGGACUUGAAAAUCCAUACACGACACUUACAGCUUUAGAUCUUACGAAAAAAUGGAGUGAUGUAAGGCAGCUGGUGCCACAACGUGAUGGUACACUUCAAGCAGAAUUACGUAAACAGCAAAAUAAUGAACUUCUCCGAAGGCAAUUUGCUGAAAAAGCUAAUGCCGUUGGUCCAUGGAUUGAACGACAGCUUGAUGCAGUCACUGCUAUAGGUCUCGGACUUCAAGGUACACUUGAAGAUCAAUUACAUCGUCUCAAAGAAUAUGAACAAGCAGUUUAUCAAUACAAAGCACAUCUUGAAGAACUUGAAAAGAUUCAUCAAGCAGUUCAAGAAGGAAUGAUUUUCGAGAAUCGGUACACGCAAUACACAAUGGAAACAUUACGUGUUGGGUGGGAACAGUUAUUGACGUCUAUUAACCGUAAUAUCAAUGAAGUUGAAAACCAAAUUCUUACCCGUGAUUCCAAGGGUAUUACACAAGAACAAUUGAAUGAAUUUCGCAGUAGUUUCAAUCAUUUCGAUAAGAAUCGAACUGGUCGAUUGGCUCCUGAAGAAUUUAAAUCGUGCCUUGUAUCCCUUGGUUACUCAAUUGGUAAAGAUCGUCAAGGUGACAUUGAUUUCCAACGUAUUCUUGCAAUCGUUGAUCCUAACAGUUCAGGAUAUGUUCAAUUUGAUGCCUUUCUUGAUUUUAUGACGCGCGAAUCAACAGAUACUGACACUGCGGAACAAGUUAUAGACAGCUUCCGUAUACUUGCUGGUGACAAGCCAUACAUUUUGGCUGAUGAAUUAAGGAGAGAAUUACCACCUGAUCAAGCUGAAUACUGUAUUCAGCGAAUGCCACCUUUCAAAGGACCUAAUGCUCAGCCUGGUGCCCUUGAUUAUCGCUCCUUCUCAACGGCUCUAUAUGGGGAAUCAGAUCUUUAAAAUUUUAAUAAUAAUAUAAUUAUAAGAUCGUUUUAUGAUCUUUGAAUGUCAGAAAAACAACAAAACAUUUUACAACUAAUCAUCCGUGACUGACAACAAAAAAUUUAUUAUAAAUGUAAAAUCAUUACAGUUUUUACCGCUUACAUGUACAUUCAAUGAAUACAAAGCUUCCAACGUACGCCCCGAAAUAAUGGUGUGAUAAAAAAAACUAUAAUUAAUAUAUAUUUUUAGUCAAUAAAUAACGAGCGCUACUUUUUAAGGCAUUAAAUUUGUUUGCCAUAUAUUUUUAGCCAAUUAAUAAUCGAUUGGCUUUUAAAACUUUACAUUGAUGAAUUUUUUCGUAAAAAAAAACCUGAUUGUUAUUAUUAUUAUUAUUUUAUUUUUUUUUUUUUAUAGUUUUUAUUUUUAAAAUUUCUCUUUAUUUUAUUUAUUUUAUUCUUUUUUUUUUUUUUUUUUAAUUUUUUGAAGUCUAAUAAGAAAAGUGCUUAUAGACUUGAUAAAAUGGAUAAUCGAUAAUAAACAUUAAGAUAAUCAUGCAUACUAAAUAUAUAUAUAAAGACUAAUAUCAAACUAUUAUAAAAUAUAAUCAAUUUCACAUAUCGAUUAUCAAGAAUACAGAGCUUUUGCUCGCGAUCAAAAUACGAUAACUAUUUGACAAAAAAAAAAAUGCACAGCCCAACGAAGUAAGCGAAUGAAUUUGAUUCAAAGAUAAAAGUAAUAACUAGCCACUAAUAAAAUGUAUUUUAUUAACCUUAUAUAUUAAGAUAAUUAGACGCACUUGAUGCGGUUACAAAAGAAGUAAAGAAAAAAAAAAGAGAGAGAGAGAGAGAGAGAGAAACAAAUUUAUUUAUUUAUUUAUUUGUCGUAUCAAUAUAAUGAUAACGAAACGUAAUGGAGAAAAAAUAAUUUUUUCUCAAACUAUUUAUUUUUAUAAAUAUCUUAGAUGCGACGUCUCAACGUAUAUAUCAAUAUCAAAAUCAAAUUUUAAAAAAUUAUUAUCUUUGUACAAUAAAUGAUUUUUAAACAAGUGAAAAAAUAAAAAAAAAGUUUUCAAUUAAAUAUUUUAAAAAUAAAACCAACGAAUUUAUCAUGAUAUUAAUCAUCCAUUAUGUGUAUCAUAUAUUACAAUUGAUACAAAUGAGAGUAAUAAAUUAUUUAUAUUUUGUUUGGCUUCUUUAGGCUUCACGCUUUCUUCUUAUUAUUUAAAAAAUCUUUAAUGAUAUAUAAUAAUUAUAUAUAUAUUAUUUUUAAUUUUAUUACGUAUUAUCUUGUUCGCUUUUAUUUAAUUUAUAGGAAAAUAGGACAACGCUGAAUUUACGAAAAGAUUAUACCAUACAUGAAAUCUGGAAUUGUUUUUUUUUAAAUAUGUAUCGAAAAAUCACCCAUACUACGCAUACGCUCGCACAAUCGCAUUAUUGUCAUUUAUUUAAGUGUACGAUAACAUUGUAAUUAUAUCUAACUUUAUCUCAUAUGAAUAAUUAUUUUUCGUUAGGCUCAUUAAUAAACUCUGUUUCACAAAAAUAAUGCAACAUAAAUAAAUGUCAUUGUAUUUUGAGCGAAAAAGACUUUGAGGAAUAAACAAAUAAUAAAAAAUUU